CUCUCAUGCAUUGUCCGAGAUUGAGUACUACUACAUACUACUGCGAGCACAGUCAGUGAUCAGCUUCUUCGAGAAUGGAUGCUGAUGACUCCUCGUACGUGAUACAAGUUCCCAUUGGAAAGAAGCGGGUACCGAAAGCAUGUAUUGCUUGUCGACAAUCGAAAGUGCGAUGCGAUGGGAAACGACCCUGUUCAAGAUGCAGAAGAUCACGAAACCAGUGUGUCUUCUAUGAAAUCCCCAAAGAUCCCACAGCUGAGAGACUGGAGAACAUCGAAUCCGAAGUCCAGCGUCUACGGACUCAGGUGGAGGCUAUGAGAGAGCUCCUUCGCACCCACCCGCAGCAAUCUCAUCCAGACGAGCUCGGUGAAGUGCAUGUCCAGAACCAAUUCGUGGGCCAGCAUCGGCAAUACCCCGCUGAUGAUUCGUUCCAUCCUGCAAGUCAUCCAAUUACUGACUCAGGAGCCAUGCCGGUGCUACUGGCUGCGGCUACUUCUGCUGAUGACUAUCCGGGAAGGGAGUUCGCAUUUUCCCCGCAACGGGAUCUAUCCGCUUCGAUGCAGAUUUCAACCAUGUUGCACACGGACACGGCCCGUCCGUUCAAGCAGAAGCGCUCGUCGUUUGAGAUCAAGGAAGAACCGAUCACGGACUUCAUAUGUAAAGGCCUGAUGACUGCUGAUCAGGCUAUGUCCUCUUUCAGAACCUUCUUUCAAGGCUGCGAUAGGUACAUUCCAGUGUUUGAUCCAGAAGUCGACACUUACGCCUCGGUACGCUCUCGCAGUAGCAUCCUGUUCAAUGCUAUUUGCACGAUAGGCAGCCGUGUUGAAACGAGCGGGGUUAUUGGUGCCGGAUUCCAAAUCCCUGACUUACUUCAUGCGGAACUCAAGCGAUGGAUUGGUGUUGUGAUUCAGAGCAAGAAUCUCAGUUGCUUGGAGUCAUUACAGGCGCUCCUCAUUGUCGCUUGUUAUACGGCCGAACGCUCGCUGAUACUAUCAUUUGCGACCAGGAUGGCUUUGGAUCUAGGCCUGGACAAAGCAUUUGAAGAGCUGAUGCAACGACUGACAAUGAAGAGGACUAAUGGGACUAAUGGCAUGCCCGAAUCUUCCGGCACAGUAGAAGCACAGGAACGAUAUUUGAUGCGGAAGUCGAGGACAUGGUUUGGUCUUUUGGUUUUGGAUCAUAUUUUCCACGUUGACGGUGGCAAGCCUCCUGGCAUACGAGUGAUGGGCAAUGCUCGUCGGUGCCGAAUUCUGCUGCAACAUCCAUCUUCGACAGUGUUAGAUCUGCGUCUUUUCUCCCAGGUUGAGUUAAAUGUUAUGCGAGCCAAUAUCAAUGACACGCUUGGUGCCCGAGAAAAUCUAGAUCGAGAGAGAAUAGUUGAGUUUGUACACGAGGUCAAAGUCGAUCUUGAUCUCUGGUUUGACGACUGGCAACGCAUAAUCAGAAACUCCCCGACAGCCCAUGAGGAACAACCAUUUCUUUUGGCCGCGCUCAGCGUCCAACACUGCUGGGCCGAACUCAUCCUCCACUGCAAAGCGCUUCGUUCAAUGGGCGUCGAGAAUGUAGCAGCGAUCAUGCCCCUAGAACGCAACAUCCUGCACCUCGCCAAAUCCGCCGCCCGCCAACACCUCCGCCUCAUCAGCCUCGAACCCGCCCUCUACCUCGCAAAACUCAAGUAUGCGAUGGAUUUUGUCUGGGCCAAAUGCGCCUUCUGCUUCCUGUUGCUGCUGAAGCUCUCCCGGCUCCUCCCCGAGCGACGCGACGAGCACCAGGAGCUACUGGAGCACGGGACCAAGCUCCUUGAGGAAUUGACUCGGACAACAGGAGGAGAUUCCAGUCUAGAUAUCCGAUCUGGUGGCGCAGGCGGGGUGACAACAUCGCCUUCAAGCACUAUUCGUACCCCGGAGACCGGCCUUGGUUCGGGCACCGGCGCGGGCGCAGGCUCUAGGCCUGGACCAGGAACAGGGAAUGUCUAUAUGCAUAUACUCAGACUGAGUAUCGAGAAGUACGGCCGUAUAUUUCAAGAACGUGAACGGGAGAGGGAAAUGGGUAAUAGUGAUGGUUGUAAUAGUAAUGCUUGCGGCGGAGGAGCUAUGACUGCUGGUGUGGGCGAGGGAGCAGCCGCCGACGAGACCGCGGGAGAGCCGGCAGAACAGGUCCCCUUCUGGGACUUGUUCGAUGCGCAAACGGACCUGCAGUCGUUCGUCCCGGAGCAAUUCGUGCGCGAGUGGGAUUUUCCCGGCUUGAAUCUGUUCUAUUUUCCGACGGCGUGGCAGGAUUUCUUUGGAGAUUUUUCAUUGGGAUUCGGAGGGUGAAGGCCGGAUACAGGUAACUCUUUCUUUGUCUUGGACCCAGUUCUACGGGCGACCUUGACGCGCGAAUCAUUUUUGUUUCACAGCUAUUUGUAUUGAUUCAUAGGAUAAACGUGCGUGCGUUGGACCUAGGUUGUCAAUUUACCCAGUGUAUAUAUAAGAAGUCCAAAUGAAACUCUAGAUGGCGGUACCAAA